GAAAUCCCGUGCCCCAGCUCGCUGCCCCGCACUCUCCCAGCAGUCAGUCGGGACUCCGAGCAGGACUUCUAAUGGAGCCGUGCUGUUAACCAUCCUGCUCCUCCUUCCUUCGAGCAGGCGAUGCGCUGAUCCCGCGGCUGCAGCGACUGUGGACUCGCCCGUGUUCGCGUAGCGCAGGGCGGGCGCUGAUUGGUUUUGUUGCCGCUCUGCGAGCUCUGCUUCUCCCGCACCGCCCAGACCGAGCCUCCGCCAUGGCGACUCCGACUCCCAGCACCAAUUCACCAACUUCUUGCAGCGGCAUUAACGCGGGCGGUGCGCUGCUCCCGCACCACCAAAUGCAGAGCCAGCACAUCACGACGAUGAGCGGCUUACAGGAGUCCAACUCAUGCUGGAGGUGUCAAAAUGAAACAGGGUUUCAGAUAAAUCUGUCUGGUGUGCCCCAAAGUAAACGCAAAGCACUGAAGCUAAACUUUGCUAAUCCUCCGAUUAAACCAAAUACAAGACUUCCCAUCGCUUCGAGCACUCCUUCCUUCCAGAACCCACACAUAGAGAGACUGCGCACCCACAGUAUCGAAUCAUCUGGGAAGCUGAAGAUCUCUCCUGAGCAGCACUGGGACUUCACUGCAGAAGACCUGAAGGACCUGGGGGAGAUUGGUCGAGGAGCCUAUGGCUCUGUCAACAAAAUGGUUCACAAGCCUAGUGGUCAGAUCAUGGCUGUCAAGAGGAUUCGGUCCACUGUUGAUGAGAAGGAGCAGAAGCAGUUGCUGAUGGACCUGGAUGUAGUUAUGAGGAGUAGUGACUGUCCCUACAUUGUCCAGUUCUAUGGGGCUCUGUUCCGAGAGGGUGACUGUUGGAUAUGUAUGGAACUUAUGUCUACCUCGUUUGACAAAUUCUACAAAUAUGUAUAUUGCUCGUUAGAUGAUGUCAUUCCAGAGGAAAUAUUAGGCAAAAUUACAUUAGCGACUGUGAAAGCACUGAAUCACUUGAAAGAAAACUUGAAAAUAAUCCACAGAGACAUCAAACCCUCCAACAUUCUCCUGGAUAGAAAUGGCAACAUAAAGCUGUGUGACUUUGGCAUCAGUGGACAGCUGGUUGACUCCAUAGCCAAGACUAGAGAUGCUGGAUGUAGACCCUACAUGGCUCCUGAAAGGAUAGAUCCCAGUGCUUCUAGACAAGGCUAUGAUGUGCGUUCUGACGUGUGGAGUUUGGGAAUCACGCUGUACGAGCUGGCCACGGGCCGUUUCCCGUACCCGAAGUGGAACAGUGUGUUUGAUCAGCUCACACAGGUGGUGAAGGGAGACCCUCCUCAACUAAUCAAUUCAGAGGAGAGACAGUUCUCUCCCAAGUUCAUCAACUUUGUCAAUCUAUGCCUUACAAAGGAUGAGUCAAAAAGGCCAAAGUACAAGGAGCUUCUGAAGCACCCCUUCAUUCAGAUGUAUGAAGAGCGAGUGGUGGAUGUUGCCAGUUAUGUGUGUAAAAUUCUGGAUGAAAUCCCCGCUUCCCCAAGCUCUCCUAUGUACAUCGACUGAGCGCCUGUAUGGUAUCUGUAUGCAAUGCAGUGUAACAUGGCAACCAUUUGGUGCAUUGUUUCUUGAUCAUGGUUACACACUGCUUUUAAGACAUGACACUCAAAAAUCCCAAAACAUUUUGUGCAAUAAGGACGGGCUUUCAUCUUCAAGCCGUUAGUGUGUAUCGGUCGACUAAAAACAAGCCAACUCCGUUCAGACUAGAACAUGGUGGUUAUUUUAUCUGAUGUAUCAUAUUUAUUUUAAUGCCAUAUGUAAACUUUAGCUGAGCUUGUUUUAGAAUUAAGGACACAAAACUUGAACAUUUUCAUUCAAGACACAAUUAAUUAAUCAAAGCAGAGCUUCUCUUCGUGUUCACGGGGUAUAAAUGAGUGUGUGUGGGUAGGUGUAAUAUAACAUGCAAAACAUACCAAAACAAUAAGUUAGCGUUUUUUGAGCAUCAAUAUAACGAACAGCUAUCUUAUGCAAAAGUUUGGGCACUGUUCAGAUUAAUUUUGUUGAUUUUCCACACAAGAAACAAACAGAAAUGGCAUUCCUCUGCACGUUUUCGAUAUUUCCACAAUGCCUCUUUCCUGUUAUCUUUCUGAAUUGAACAUAUAAAAAAGGAGAUGUUUAAUGUGACAUUACAUUUGCACAGUGCAUUUUGAUAGAUAAUUUGCUUAAUGUAUCAACCACACAAAAAAGUUACACUUAGAAAAUCGACACAGGUAAUUUGACUGGUGUUCCAAACUUUUGAGAUAUAUAAACAUGCAUGCUGAAGUUUGGAAAACCCAAACUUGUGGUCAAAAUGUGUUACUGUGAAUAGAAGCUAAGCAAGUAGGUAAAAGUAACUUUUUUUCACUCAUUCUUCCUGGUAAAAAGAAGAGUUUGGUGAGACUCGGCUCGUCUUCCAUGCAUUACUCUCCUGAAGUUUGUCUACAGAGUAUUGAUGAUGAUCAGGUUAGGACACUGUGAGGACUAUGAUGGUUAUAUUUGUGCAGGUGCGCCGUAGAAUAGUGCCCCACCCCCCCAGAGUCCACUGAAUCCUUAGGCUUCUUUUCCCACAACAAAGUUGUGCAAAAUAAUAAAGAUUAAUUGCUGAUCUUACCAAACAUUGUUUUUACAUUUCUUUUAUAAUUAUUUCACAUAGCAAAUUAUUUACAUUAAUCUGUAUUAGGUGCUGUUUAAUGCAAAUAGACCACUGCGUGAUAUAUCAUGUCGGAACACACUUUCACAUGCUCUGUGCAAUUACACAUUGUCACCAGAGAGGUCUUCAGAUCUCUAUAUUGCAAAACGUGUUGCUUUUAACUUUACCGCUUAACUAUUCACAGUAACAGACAUUUUGACCUGCAAUGCUAAAAGUAAUCAUUUCUGUAAUGUGGUGGUCAUUUACGUCAAUACUUGUACAGAUAAAUAAAACACAUUAGUUGUGAUCUCACAUUGUGAUGAAAUGAAUGAAUAUGCAGAAGUAUUGUUUAGCAUAAAAGAAUUUGUUAAAAGGAUGGUUGGAAACUUAACUCUAGACCUUUUGCUCCACAUAAUUGGAUAUCUGUUGAUUGUUUAGGGUGUUUGGGAGUUUACCAGUUUUGUAGAAUUCCAACAUUUCAGCCAUAUGAUUUCUGCCAUAUGCAGGUGCCAUUGAUGUGGGAAUGGAAAGGAGAGGAUGAUUGAUUGUCUGUUGGAAUUGAUCUGUUAGACUCCAUCUCAAUCACUAGAUUUCCAGGAAAGUGAACCAUGUUGUCUAGAUAAAAAAAAAUCAAGCUAUCCUUUUAAAGUAGCUUUAUUUUAUAAAUAUGCAAUUUUAACUCACCAAAUUGUAUUCACUGCAUUUAAGGAAAAAGUCCUUCUGGUGUAGUGAACACUUAAAUAGAGCCUGCAGGACACUUCUACACAAUUGUAAAUGUGUAUAAAACUUACUAUAUAACUUUAGAAAAUUACAGAUUCCUCUGCAAAAAUCCUUUGCUUUGUUGUUUUCAGAAGUAGCUUUGUAUUUGCUGCUUCAUAGAGUCUGCCUCUUUUGCUGAAAUUGGCAUGUUCUCAGCAGUCACAGCAUGGCAUGUUGACUGUAUGGAAUGUCAGUGAUCAGUGUCCAGAAGUCACAGUUUGGGUUACUAGUUUUGAAAGAGAAACAUGGAACUUUGCCAAAGCAGCCUUUCAGCAACUGAUUUGACAAAAUUAUAACAUGAUGCUGCCAGAUUUGAAUGACAAUACCGUUUUUUUUUUUUUAUUAUUGUAUUUUUUUGGUACCUAAAUAGAAAAAUGUAAAAAGAUAUUAUCUAGUAUCUGUAAGACCUAGUUAUGGUUAAACUCUAAAUACUUUGUGUGUGGGUACCAUAAUAAAUACAUUUCCCCAAUAUUAAAAGCAACUUUUCAAAAGGUAAAUAGUGUACGUUACAAAUGAGUAGAAUAUUUAAUAUUUAGAAGGGGAAAUAUGAUAUGGGUGAUAUGUAUCAUUACAUUGUAUCACUAUUAAGAGUGGGAAAAUAUGUUUUAAAAAAAAGAUGUUCACACUGUGAAAAUAUUUUAAGUGUAUGUUGUGAACUCAAAAGAAAAUCUGUACAAAAAAUGUAAAAAAAAAAAAAAAAAUGUAAUAAGAAGAUCUGCAGGGAUAUUGCCUUAUGUCUGUUUUUGGAGAGAUUAACCUCUGACGCGUCUGGGCUGUUUGUCUUAUUCACUUCACGUAUUUAAAUAAUAUUCAUGAAAUCUUAGUGUUCACAUAGUAAUGAUAAGAGCUAAAUAUCUGCCUGCAGGUCAGUUGUGAUAAGGCUAAGAUGUGACUGUGACCUUGUCCUGUUUUUUUUUCUGUAAGAUCUGAAAACACAAAUGGGCUCAAUGCUAGAAUAAAUCCAAUCAAUUAGCUUA